GAGUGUUUUGACCAGUCAGACCCAUGAAUAGAACAGGCAAUGGAAGAAAACCGCGUUUGAUGAUUUUGAUCCUUCCUACUUUCUUCCUUCCUUCUCCCUUCCUUCCCUAAAACACCUCUUUAUCUGUCUUUCUUCUUUCUUUCUCUCUCUUAUCCAGCCAUCUAUCUAUUCAUCUCUCUCUCUCUCUCUCUCUCUCUCUCUCUCUCUCUCAUCCAACCAUCUAUUUAUUCAUCCAUCCCUCCAUUAAUUCAACCCACCACCACACCACCAUCAGAUAAGAUGAAUGAUCUCUUAUCAAGGUCCUUCUCCCAACAUCGGGAAGGCAACCCACAAUCGGGGGAUGGAACGGUAGAGAUGGGGACAGGCGUCAACCUUAACAAGUUCUUUGAAGACGUGGAAGGGAUCAAAGAUGAGCUUCAAGAGGUGGAGAAGAUCCACCAACGCCUACAUGAUUCCAACGAGUCGAGCAAGACAAUCCACAAAGCUAAGGCCAUCAAGGAACUCCGUUCCCGCAUGGACGCCGACAUCACACAAGCACUUAAACGUGCCAAACUCAUCAAAGUCAAGCUUGAGGCCCUCGAACGUGCCAACGCCGUUAAUCGAACCCUGCCUGGCUGUGGCCCAGGCAGCUCUUCUGACCGCACCCGCACCUCUAUAGUUGGCGGUCUCCGCAAGAAACUGAUCGACACCAUGGAGAAGUUUAGCCUGUUGAGGGAGCAGAUUGCCUCAGAAUACAAGGAUACUAUUGAGAGGAGGUACUAUACUGUCACAGGAGAAAAACCAGACGAUCGGACAGUUGAGAUUCUCAUAUCAACGGGUGAAAGUGAGACUUUCCUGCAAAAGGCUAUACAGGAGCAAGGGAGGGGACAGGUGAUGGACACCAUAACUGAGAUUAAAGAACGACACGAUGCAGCUAAAGAGAUUGAGAAGAACCUGAUGGAGUUGCACCAGAUCUUCCUCGACAUGUCAGUGCUGGUGCAAGCGCAGGGCGAGCAGGUCGAUGACAUAGAAAGCCAGUUGGCUCGUGCCAAUUCCUAUGUCCGUGGUGGGACCCAUCAACUGCAGAUUGCCAAGAAGCAUCAGCGGAACACACGGAAGUGGACGUGCUACGCGAUAAUCAUCCUCCUCAUUAUCCUCCUCAUCGUCAUACUACCGAUCGUCCUUCGAAAGUAGCCCUCUAGAAUUACUACUAUCUAAUUCAUUAUACUUUCUUUUCUUUUUUUUUAAAUGUUCUGUUUGUUGCUUGAUUGAUGCAUUGUUUAUACUCUAUACUGUCUUAUUUAUUUCAUAAUAUUAUUUUUUUUAUUUUAUUUUAUUCAUUUUUAGUCAUAUAUGGAAUGAACGUUAUCUUAAUCUUAAUCAUACACCAUGAUGAUCAAGUUGUAUGAAAAUCAAACCGAUCAACUUAUUGGGUGAAUCAUAUCAUCAGCUAUCCAUUGAUAUUGUCCUGUUUGACUUGACGAGUGGAUCAGCCUGAUUUUUAUACCAGAUGAUCGUUACAGUGUGGCCCACCUUUUCGAUGGACCGGAUGUGACACCUAGCAGGGAAGAAAUGGUUGUAUUGAAAGUUCACAUGAAA